AUGGACGUCAACUACUUCACCUGCACCCUGGGUCAAGCAGUCUACCACCAGCAAGAGAAAUCGUACAAGACCAUCAACGAGUUCAUCGAUCACAAAGCACGCCAACUCCCAGACCUGGCCGUUGUCGGGUUCUAUCAGCCCGGCCAGGACAGAUCCGAUGGACCAUGGAAUUCACGGGUCUUGAGCUUCAAGGACAUACAAGAAGGCUGUGCCGUAGUGGCGCAGACUCUCUCGGAGGAGUUGCAUGCCAGGGCUGGCGAAACAGUGGCGCUGCUGUGCCCGAGUUCGGCGAGCUUUCUGUUUACUUGGCUCGCGCUCAUUCAACUGGGCCAUCCGGUCUUGCUUAUCGCACCUCAGUGUUCUGCUUCGGCUGUUGCCCAUCUAUGCCAGACGUGUCAAGUUACGUAUUUGCUCUAUGAUGAGAUGUACGAAGACCUGGCGGCCAUUGCAAAGACUACAGCGUCUGGCAAACAUUAUGCCUCCUUAUCAACUCUCUUGGUACCGUUCGUCGAGGACGGAAUAUUUGAUGUCGUGCAGCAGCAACCAAAAGAGCGCUUGAGGAGAACGGUCAAUGUCAAAGACACAGACGUCGCAUACCUCCAUCAUACCUCUGGCACGUCGACCGGCAUUUCCAAACCCAUCCCACAAAGUCACCGUGCGGCUGUGGGAGUCCUCCCCACCCUGCGCGGCAGCAGACAAGCAACGUUUACCACGACACCCUUGUACCAUGGUGGAAUCGCAGAUUUGUUCCGUGCGUGGACCAGCAACGCCUUGAUUUGGCUGUUUCCUGGGAAAGAACUCCCUAUUACGGCGGCGAAUGUGUGCAAAUGUCUUGAAGUGGCAGCAGACAGUGCUGAGGAACAUAGGCUUCCGGAAAUCAAAUACUUUUCCUCCGUGCCUUACGUCCUACAAAUGAUGGCGGAUGACCGGCGAGGCCUUCAAUAUCUGCAGCUGAUGGAUAUCGUCGGUGUAGGUGGCGCAGCAUCACCAGCAGAGGUUGGAGACAGGCUUGUGCAGAAUGGCGUCAAUUUGAUUUCUCGGUUUGGGAGUGCUGAAUGCGGCUUUCUGUUGUCUUCUCACCGAAACUUCGAGGGUGAUAGAGAAUGGCAAUACCUCAGGUCAACGCCUGGCAGACAGAAUCUUCAGUUCGAGCCACGAGAAGACGGACUCGCCGAGCUUGUCAUCCAGUGUGGCUGGCCUCAUAUGGCGAAGCACAAUCGUGAUGACGGGUCGUAUGCGACGUCCGAUCUGUUCAGCCCUCACCCCAACAUUCCCAACGCAUGGCGGUACCAUUCACGAGCGGAUUCUCAGCUGACACUCAUCACGGGUAAGAAGUUCGAUCCAGCUCCGCUGGAGGAUGCCAUAUGUGCCGCUUCAGCCCUUAUAAGUGAUGCCCUCAUCUUUGGCAAUGGCCGACCGUACCCCGGUGUUCUCCUUUUCCGUUCACGAGAGGCUAGGCCGAAGCCGGAUGAGGCCGUGUCGGCAGAAAUAAGCCCUAUAAUCGACAAUCUGAACAAGGAAAGUCAGAGUCACGCCCGGAUACCGCGAAACAUGCUCAUCCUCAUGCCGUACGUGGAAGAACCGAGUCUGGAGAAAAGCAGCAAAGGGACCAUCCUGCGCAACAAGGCCGAGGAGCGAUACGCAGACUACAUCACUAUCGCUUACCAACAGAUCCUCCCGGACAGACCGACAGACGUCCCAGACGACGACAUCCCUAAAGUGGUUCGCAUUAUCAUCGUCACAACGGUUGGGGGCGUGGGGACCGACAGCAACCACGACCUGCACUCGGAACCGUUAACGGACGACACAGACUUAUUUGCUUACGGCGUCGACUCUGUAGCCAGCAUGCAGAUCCGCCAGGCACUGUGCCAACUUCUCCCGGGAUCCAGGGGUGCAGCUUUGCCGAUGUCGGUGGUAGAAGACGCCGGGACGAUUUCUCGUCUGAGCGAACUGAUUGUGCGACUGCGGUCAGGAGAUGGGGUCGAGAACGGUUUCGGAAGAGAUCGAGAUCGAGGGGAAGCGAAAGACCAAGAACAGCAUCAACUCAUGCUCGACUUGGUCAAAGAAUACAGUGUCUUUCAUUCUGCUAAUCACCCGGCUAUUUCCAGCUCCCAAGGCGACGCUGCCCCUCCAAACCACGGUCUUCAAGUUCUCUUGACAGGUCCGACAGGGUCACUGGGGAGCCAUAUCCUACACCAGCUUCUGUCAAACUCACGCGUAUCAAAGAUCCAUCUCCUCGUCCGAGGCGCCAGCAGACACGCCUCCCGAGAACGUGUGAUCAAAGCCCUUGGAGCUCGUCAGCUGGCGAUACCCCCAGACUUCGAUUCACGGACAACGGUUUGGCCAUGCAGAUUGGGCGACUCGAGGCUCGGACUGUCCAAAACCGAUUAUACACAUCUAUCAUCACAGGUCGACGUGGUCAUCCAUCUGGCAUGGAGCGUCAAUUUCCUGCUUCCACUACGCAGUUUCGCCGGCACGCAUCUCGCCGGAUUGCGGAAUUUACUGGAUCUGGCCCUCGCUUCGCCUGACCGGUCGACUCCACCACGGUUCAUCUUCUGUUCGAGCGUCGCAGCCGUGUCGAACUACUGCAGUAACAGCCUUGCUUCUGAUCGCGGCGCUGAGACGGCCCAGACUCUGGUCUCGAUUCCGGAACAGUGUAUCGGCGAUUCGCCAUCGGUGGCCGGCCCAACGGGCUACGCGCGCUCGAAAUGGGUCGCUGAGGCAAUUUGCGAGGCUGCGCAUCGUUCGACGAGGCUGAGACAUCGGAUCUCCAUUGCUCGAAUCGGCCAGCUGUCGGGGGCCAGUGAUACGGGAGUUUGGAGCAAAUCCGAGGCGUAUCCGCUGAUGCUGGCCAGCGCGAAAGUUACCGGGGUGUUGCCGGAUCUGCAGAACGAGAUACUGAACUGGUUGCCUGUCGAUGUGGCGGCAAGGGCGUUUGUCGAGGAUCUUCUCACAGAUGCAGAUGCAGAUGCAAAAGUAGGUAUUGGUCGGUCUAACCGAGACAAACUUGUUGAGGCACCUGUUGACGGGACAGAUCAUGGUCAUGGGCAAAAACACGCGUAUGGAGACAGUGGUGGUGACAACCUGCUCGAUCGAAAGGAGUGUUUACUUUCCAACAGACGCAACUCAUACAAGACAGCCCAGGACAGGAUUGAUGACAUGCCCGAUGGGACUGCCGACCUAUCACCAGAUGUUGGUAUCACUGUCCACCAUGUCUUAAACCCAGACACCAGCGUCCAUUGGUCGGAUUUGUUGACAUGGAAAUCACGGUAUAUUGAAUCUCACGCAGCGGCAGGAUCAGGAUCUGGAGCGUCGAAUUCUUCGUUCGAAGAUCAACCCAAACCGGUUGCGUUCCAGAUCGUCCCCGUCGACGAAUGGCUGUCUCGUCUGGGUGCUCUUCAAGAAGAUGAUGCUACGAAAGGCCAUCCAGCUCUCAAACUGCUCGGGUUCUGGAACGAUGCGUAUGGACGCCGAUCAGCCAGGGACAGCGGCAGUGCUGAAGAUGAAAAUGACGAUGGGGGUGGUGCUGAAUUCAAGAGAAAGGGGGAUGUUGAUGUCGAUAUUGAUGUCCAUACCCAUACUCAAGAACUCAACUUCAAUAGGCAGUCCAUCAUGACCAACAACGACGAGAUAAGCCAGGCAAUUCAACUCGCACCAGGCCAGGAUGUACCGGCAAUGAGAGAGUCAUGGUCAGAGGUGGAGACUCAGGCGAUGACUGAGGACAAAUCUCGCGGUCAGGAGCUGGAUCAUCCACAUCGAGUGCCGCGACAAUGUCCCUCUGCAUCUGAGAACGGAGGUCUGGCGCAAAAGCAAAGACGACAAGGACAGACAACCUACGAGAUGACCAAGACGUUUACCGCCAUGCCCUCUCUCCAGCAUGACACUGGCACCAGUAUUGUCGACGAAGAAUAUGUUGUCAAGUUGUGGAAAUGGGUCCAGAGUAACGUCUAG